AGGCAGAUUGAGCAAUCCAUGGAAGGCCAGAGCCAGAGAACCUACUUCAGGGUAGCAAAAGAUGCAGAAGAGAGAAAGUCAGGAGAGUGCUCCUGGGGGAGCCCAGCCCUGCCAUGCUCUGAGGGAAGCCUUCUGAGACACAGAUGACAGGAAAUGACCCAUCCCUGUGGUCACUUACUCCAAAGGCCUAGACCUUCAAAGUGCUCCUCCUGCAAUGGAUGAGUCUGCAAAGACCCUGCCACCACCGCGCCUCUGUGUUUGCCCUGAGAAAGGAGAAGAUAUGAAAGUGGGAUAUGUUCCCAUCACUCCGCAGAAGGAGGGUGCCUGGGUUGGGAUCUGCAGGGAUGGAAGGCUGCUGGCUGCUACCCUCCUGCUGGCCCUGUUGUCCAGCAGUUUCACAGCGAUGUCCUUGUACCAGUUGGCUGCCCUGCAAGCAGACCUGAUGAGCCUGCGCCUGGAGCUGCAGAGCUACCGAGGUUCAGCAACACCCGCCGCCCCGGGGGCUCCAGGGUUGACUGCGGGAGUUAAACUCCUGACCCCGGCAGCUCAUCAAACCCACAACUCCAGCCGCGGACACAGGAACAGACGCGCUUUCCAGGGACCGGAGGAAACAGAACAAGAUGUAGACCUCUCAGCUCCUCCUGCACCAUGCCUGCCUGGAUGCCGCCAUUCUCAACAUGAUGAUAACGGACUGAACCUCAGAACCAUCAUUCAAGACUGUCUGCAGCUGAUUGCAGACAGCGACACGCCGACCAUACGAAAAGGAACUUACACAUUUGUUCCGUGGCUUCUCAGCUUUAAAAGAGGAAAUGCCUUGGAGGAGAGAGAGAACAAAAUAGUGGUGAGGCAAACAGGCUAUUUCUUCAUCUACAGCCAGGUUCUGUACACGGAUCCCAUCUUUGCCAUGGGUCAUGUCAUCCAGAGGAAGAAAGUGCAGGUUUUUGGGGACGAGCUGAGCCUGGUGACCCUGUUCCGAUGCAUCCAGAAUAUGCCCAAAACACUGCCCAACAAUUCCUGCUACUCAGCUGGCAUCGCAAGGCUGGAAGAAGGGGAUGAGAUUCAGCUUGCAAUACCGCGGGAGAAUGCCCAGAUUUCACGGAAUGGAGACGACACCUUCUUUGGUGCCCUAAAACUGCUGUGACCUACUUGCUGGAGUGUGUGACCCUUUCCCUCCUCUUCUCUGUGCCUCCAAGGGAGAAACAGACGACUGGAGAUACCAAAAGAGGGGGAAAAUCGUCACCAAAAGUUUUCCAGUGAGCUGUUGAAUCAGGUCCAAAGCAAGAAAUAUAAUAGACAGCCAUGACCCAAAGUGUGUCAUGUGCGUUAUGAGAAAUGGAGACAACACCCACAGAGACAGGACCAGGAAGGGUGUUCUCUCUAGUCCUAUGCCAACACGCACUGCAACCUUGCUUUUCACCUUGGAAAACACACAGCAGGGAGAUUUCCUUGUUUUCUGAUUCAUCAUGAGAAGACGGUUCACAUCUGCAGGUCACUGAAGCAUUCACGCAAAGUCUCAGGAUUUACCCUCCCUUCUCAUGCUAAAUACAUGCUCCUCUUUUCCAGGUAAUAUUAUGCAAAGGGUUUUUUGUUUGUUUGUUUUUAAAUCUAGGAAUCUUGAACUGGCUAUAGACAAGAAUACUUAUAAAUUCAAGUGUAAAAUAAACUUAAUUAAAAAUGUUUAAGUGUUAGAUAAGUGGAUUAAAAAAAAAGCUGACUGUUGGGGGAGUUUUCUUGGUUUGGGUCAAGCUGGCAGUUGUAUCUGAUAUCAAAGUAUUUUUCACAGAAGGGAAGAAUUCACUCAUUUUGGGCCAUAGGUGUAUUUUGUGAUAACUUCCAGUUGCUUUAUUAAGUAGUACUGUAGAUACAUCUGACCUGCAUAAAAAUCACUAACGUGGAGCUGACGUCAGACUCACAAAGCCCUGCUUUGAGGGCAUGUUUGUGGCAGGGCAGAGAUUUCCACCCUGUCCAGUGUGUGGCUGCUGCUGCCAUUUCAGAUCAGGUGAUAGAUUCUGGAAGGAAACAUCUGCUCUAUUUGCUCCAUGACAAUUGAGGUGUAAGCAAGCUUCCUAGCAUCUGAUGUCAAGCUGGGGCACAUGAGGAUCCUGUCUCAGAAGUGGUAGGUGGGGAAGAGCAUUGCCUCAGGAGUGGCUAGUGAUCUCCCUAGCAUUGGUGCUAUGGUUGAUUGCUAAAUAAAAGCACUGUGCCUUCUGAUCAUUGCCAAGACCGUUCAGUCCGCAGACAUCCACUUUUGAUAUUUCUCUAUAUGACUGUAACUUUGAAAAAUCAGGUGAAAAGCAUUUCAGGUAAAAUAACAAGUGCUGGGGCAGUAAUUAUAAAGUCUGGAUAUUUUAUACAUCUUCAAGGGAUCUUUUCAUGUCUACACAUUGUUUUCAUUACUACUCAGAGAAUAAAGUUCAACAAAAACACUG